AUGGAAAAAAAAUGGAUAUGGUGUCAUGAUAAGCUGUCAGAUGAAUAUACAAAUGGUGUUAAAUCAUUUAUUGAAUUGGCUAAACAUCAUUUAGAUGAAGAUAAUAGGACUAGAUGUCCUUGUCGAUAUUGUCGGAAUGUGUAUUUCCAAGAUAUAAGUGUAGUUGAACGACAUUUAUGGGUGAAAGGAUUUUCACCAGAUUAUCACAAUUGGAUUUAUCAUGGAGAGGCAUUGAAUUUUCAAGGUAUUGAAAUGGGUUUUGAGGAAGAUGAUGAAGUUGUUGAACAUGAUAGGGAAGAAGAUGAUAAUGAUGAUAUCAGGAUAGCAUUGCAAGAUGCUGCAGGUGACAUGGAUAUUGAUGUAGAUGCAUAUGAAGGUCACAUUGGAGAUCAAGAUCAUAGAAAUAAAGAAUUUUCAGGAUUAUUUGCUGAAGUUGAAAGCGAGUUAUAUCCAGGGUGUACAAAGUUCUCUGCGUUGACUUUUUUGGUCAGGUUAAUGCAUAUAAAAGCUUUAAACCAUUGGAGUAACAAGUCAUUUAGUAUGUUGCUUGAACUUCUCAAGGAAGCACUUCCAGAGGGUACUAAAUUGCCAAAGUCUUACUACAAGGCAAAAUCUGAAUUGGAUAAAUGUCCAAUAUGUGCUGAACCGAGAUACAAAUUUCAAGGUACUAAGGGGAAAAGGAUCCCUCAAAAGGUGCUUCGAUAUUUUCCUAUCACUCCAAGAUUGCAAAGAUUAUUUACAUCUCGCCAUACUGCUAUUGAUAUGAGAUGGCACAAAGAGAAGCGUCCUAACACAAAUGGAGUAUUGAGGCAUCCAGCAGAUGGAGAAGCAUGGAAGCACUUUGAUGAACAAUAUCCGAUAUUUGCUAUGGAUCCUCGUAAUGUCCGGGUAGGUGCUGCCAUUGAUGGAUUUAAUCAUUUUAGUAACAUGAGUACUUCGUAUAGCAUGUGGCCAGUGAUGUUAGUGCCUUAUAACCUGCCACCUUGGAAGUGCAUGAAAGAGACUUUUUCGAUGAUGUCACUAUUAAUACCAGGCCCAACGGCACCUGGAAAAGACAUUGAUGUGUACUUACGGCCUAUGAUUGAUGAAUUGAAAGAUCUAUGGACAAAUGGUGUCACCACUUGUGACAUCUCUAAAAAGGAGAGGUUUACAAUGCAUGCAGCAGUGUUGUGGACAAUACAUGACUUUCCAGCAUAUGGAACACUUUCUAGAUGGAGUACCAAAGGAUACAAAGCAUGUCCGACUUGUAAUGAAGAUACUUCUUCCCAAGCUUUAAGAAGUAAGAUUUGUUACAUGGGACAUCGUCGAUAUUUAUCCAUAAAUCAUGCAUGGAGAAAUAAUCGACAAUAUGAUGGAAAGCCUGAACGAAGGUUAGCUCCAAGGCAGUUUUCAGGAGCUGAAAUAUUACAACAGUUAGAUAGGACAAUUGAGAGUAGACCGGGGAAACAUCCUAACAAUGUGGAUAAAAAGAGAAAACGUGCUGCCUUUGGAACAAUGUUGGACAUCAAAGGUAAGUCGAAGGAUAUUGACAAGGCACGUAUGGAUUUAAAGGAUCUGAAUAUUCGAAAAGAAUUGCAUUUACAAGAAACUGGCGGUAAAGUUUUGAAACCUUUGAAUGUGAACAUUAAGGAUGGUAAGAUAUCAGGUUUGAAAACUCAUGAUAGUCAUGUUCUUUUGCAACAACUUUUUCCCGUGGGUAUAAGACCUUACAUUAAGAAAGAGGUUUGUGGAACAAUUAUUGAAAUGUGCAUGUUCUUCCAAAAACUUUGUGCACGAACUCUAUUUGUUUCAGACUUGGAUAUGUUACAAGAGAGGAUAAUACUAACAUUGUGUAAAUUGGAAAGAAUAUUCCCUCCAGCCUUUUUUGAUAUCAUGGUUCAUUUAGCAGUUCACCUACCAUAUGAGGCAAAAAUGGCAGGACCAGUACAUACUCGUUGGAUGUAUCCUUUUGAAAGAAAUAAAGCUCAUCCAGAAGGUUCAAUAGCAGAGGGUUAUGUUGUCAAUGAGGCAUUAACUUAUUGUUCAAUGUACCUUCAUGGUAUUGAAACUCGAUUCAAUCGGCCAGAACGUAAUAAAGAUGGUGAGAAUCAGAUUGCUUCGACUUUGUCAGUAUUCACUCAACCUGUGAACUUGUUGGGGAAACCUCAAUUUGUUGAACUGAAAGAUGAUGAUUAUAAAAAAGCUCAUUGUGAGCACACCAAACUAUUGCAAAACAGGGGUGUCACAAGUAUUCUACAGAUAAAAUAUUUCAGUAGAUGUAAAUAUCCAAUGGUAACUGAUGAGUUGUACUCACUAGCAUGUGGUCCUGAUUAUGGAAUAAGAUCAUAUAGUGGAUGUGUAAUAAAUGGAGUUCGAUAUCGCACAAAAGUUCGUGAUGAUAGGCGUGUCACUCAAAAUUGUGGAAUUUGGGUUGUAGGUGAUCAUGAUGGUGAAUCUUGUGACUUUUAUGGGGUAAUAGAAGACAUUCUUGUGUUAGACUAUAGGUCCAAACACUCUGUUGUACUUUUUAGAUGUGCAUGGUUUGACACAAAUGUGAAAAAGAAAAAAAUGAUCACAGAGUUUCAAAUCACAAGCAUUAAUGUCACUUCAUAUUGGUAUAAGAACGACCCUUUUGUCCUUGCCUCACAAGCUAAACAAGUGUUUUACGUGGAUGAUUACAAGAUGGGUCAACAUUGGAAAGUGGUUCGAAAGGUGCAUCACCGUCAUCUGUGGGAUUUUCCAGACCGAUUAGAUGAAGGUGAUGAUCAUGAUAGUGAGGUAGAGAGUGGAGAUUUUGAAGAUGCAGAUAGUGGUGCAGAGAGUGAAGAUUAUGAAGAUGCAGAUACUGGCACAGAGAAUGAAGAUAAUGGGGAGUACAAUGAGGAAACCGACAAUGAUAGUGAAGAUGAGUUGUUAAGUAAUGGUGAAACCGGUGAGGAUACUGACUCAUUUGCAUAA